CGGAAAUACAGUGAACUUCUGGAAGAGAAAGUUGUACUUCCGGGUUAAAUCUUAACAUCGUUUUAUGUUAUGAUGCAUUUCUUUUAAAAACAAUUGAAAAAUAAACAGGUAUCGAACAAAAUAAAAGCCGGAAUGGAUAUACUUAAAGCUGAGAUCGAGAGGAAGAGGAAACUCAUCGAGGAAAAGCAACUCGUUGACGAAUCCAAAAAAUUCUUUAAAAGAGGUGAUCUUGCACGCAAGGAGCAAGAGGACUACUAUCGCAGAUGCGGCUAUAAGGUUCAGAGAGAGACCCCUGACAGCCAGAUCGACAAAAACGAAGAGGAUGAAGCUUCCACCUCGGCUAAUCCAGUGCUGGAGCUGGAACUGACGGAAGAGAAGCUACCCAUGACGCUGUCGCGGCAGGAGGUCAUCCGACGCCUGAGAGAGCGAGGCGAGCCAAUCCGUCUGUUCGGCGAAUCCGACUAUGACGCCUUUCAGAGACUCCGCAAGAUUGAGAUUCUGACUCCAGAAGUUAACAAGGGUUUGAGGAACGACCUGAAGGCUGCCAUGGACAAAAUCGACCAGCAGUACCUAAAUGAAAUUGUCGGUGGCACGGAGCCAGGAGAACUGGACACACAGCAUGACCUCAAAGUGCAUGAAGAGAACACUACUAUUGAAGAACUUGAGGCUCUUGGCAAAAAUCUGGGCAGAGGAGAUGAUGAAGGAGACCAGGACGUCAUUGACAAAUUUUUAAGUUUCCUUCUUGGUGUGUGGGCCAAAGAUCUGAACAGUCGCGAGGACCACGUGAAGCGUAGCGUACAGGGGAAGCUGGCCAGCGCUACCCACUCACAGACUGAGUCGUACCUCAAACCCCUCUUCAGGAAGCUCAGGAAGAAGAAUUUACCAGCUGAUAUCAAAGAAUCCAUCACUGACAUCAUCAAAUUCAUGCUAGAGAGAGAAUAUGUCAAGGCAAACGACGCGUAUCUCCAGAUGGCCAUCGGAAAUGCUCCUUGGCCCAUCGGCGUGACCAUGGUGGGCAUCCACGCCCGUACGGGUCGAGAGAAGAUCUUCUCCAAGCACGUAGCCCAUGUGCUUAACGAUGAAACGCAGAGAAAGUAUAUUCAGGGACUCAAGAGACUAAUGACUAUCUGCCAAAAACAUUUCACGACGGAUCCAUCAAAGUGUGUGGAGUACAACGCUCUUUAAUACAACCGUGCCAUAAAACACUGGGACUUUGGAGACAGAUGGAUUAUGUCAAGAAGACGUGAAUGAAUUGCAGAAUUGACUCUCUGAUGGAGAUGACACGAAUCCACCUCUGCAUGUUUAUUUUCAGUCUCGUCACCUUCGUCAUUGGUUUGCUGAACAUUUUCAAUCUCUUUUCUUGAUAGUAAAUAAGAUACAAUAUGUUUUGUUAGAGCAUGCUUGGAUCAUCUUCAGAUGUUGUUUUUCAGGGAACAUUUCCAAUUUAGCAUUUAUGAUGAGCUACUCAGCUGUUGGAAGUGGAAUUCCCUGUAGUGUAAGUUUUAUUACACAUCACCAACCACAGCAGAAUCAGGUGUGUGUAUAAUUUGUUGUGUUUGUUGUUUUCAGCCGACAAGCUCAGAAUUUUAGAAACUUUCCAAAGUAUCUUUCAAUCAGUGUCUUACUACAAUAGUAAAAAUAUAAUUACAAUUAAUAUAAAAAAAUAUUAUUAUUUGCUGUAAUUUACACGUUCAUAUUGUUCAUGUUCUUGCUUUUCACAACCCUCCAAAUUAGGUAUAUUACUAAUUGGGUUUUAGUGGUGAGCUAAAAUUCAAAAUCUUGUCAAGAUUAGUCCAUUUCUUUGUGAUCAUAUUUUUCACUUUCUUUAAAAAUCCAGUUCAUCUGAAAUAUUUUCCUGAUUCAUGCUUCUCUUUUGAACUCUAUAUUGUCACAAUUUUUCAUCUUACUAAUAUCUCAUCCUAAAAAAAAGAAAUACAAAUUUUAUGCGCAAAACACAAAACAUUCAGUUUUUGUCAUAUACCUCUAAAGCAAAGCUUUGUUUUUGUGUAAAAGCUUUUCACAAAAUGACACUUAACAUUAUUUCUCUGUUACAUCUUUUUUGUUAUGCAAUAAAUGUGUUCUGAUGCAGACCUUUGCAAAUGUCUCAGUCACCAGCAAAAAAAACAAAAACAAAAACAUUCCUUGGCUGUUUUAAAUCACUUGUUAUCAUAAACUUUCCUAGAUCUCAGUCCAAUGCAGCUGUGUGGCUAUUUGAUCCACCCCCAUAUUUCACACUUUCUAGGAAACUACAAAUGAACAAUCUAAUCUAAACUUGAAGUAAAUUCUGUAACAUUCGUACCAAAUCAGCUCUUGUUUUCUAUUUUGCAUCUCUUAGAAAAACUGUACUGCUUGAACAGUGGCGGAACAAAUGUGAAUGUGGCCCAGCAGUGCCCCCCCCAGUCCGAAACACUAUACAGGUAGUCCCCGGGUUACGAACGAGUUCGUUCCUACGCUGGUGACGUAACACGAAUUUCCGCGUAAAAAAUCCUGUAAGUUCCCCAAAAUCUCAAAACAACAAUCCAAAAAGUCCAAAAGUAUUUUAUUUUGUUAAAUGAUGGCGGCUACACUGCCCUCUGGUGGCAGUGUUGGGUCUGGCUGGACUGUCGCCUUGUAUGAAUGAAGAGCAGACCCUGAAGUUUGCCAUGGAUAAAGGAUAGCUGUGCUCUGGUUUGGCCCACAUCAGG